AUGCUGGCAGAGAACUGCACCGCUGUGAAAGAAUUCAUUCCUCUCGGACUAUCAGCUGCUCCUGAGCUGAGGAGCUUCCCCUUCCUAGUGUUCCUUCUUAUCUAUGUCAUCACAACUGUGGCCAACCUGGGCAUGAUUGCACUGGUCCAGCUCAGCCCUCAACUGUGUACCCCGAUGUGCUUUUUCAUUUGCCACUUGUCCUUUGUAGAUUUUUGCUAUUGCACUGUCAUUGUUCCAAAGAUGUUGGCUGGUAUCUUAAAGAACAGCAAAGACAUCUCCUUCCUCGGAUGCAUGGUGCAGUUCUCCUUGUUUAGUACAUUUGUGGUGACUGAAGUCUUUUUGUUGGCAGUUAUGGCCUACAAUCACUUCUUGGCCAUCUCUAACCCACUACUCUAUAUAGUUACCAUGUCUUUAAUACUUCAUGUGGGGUUGGUGUCUGGCUGUUAUCUCUGUGGAACAGUGUGUUCUCUAAUUCACUUGUGUUUAGCUCUUGAGAUCCCAUCCUAAAAAUCAAAUGUGGUGGAUCAUUUCUUUUGUGAUCUACCACCUGUGUUUUCUCUUGCUUGCUCUGAUGUAUCGAUUAAUGAACUCAUGGCUUUUAUUGUGCCCACUUUCAAUGAGAUCUUUACCAUUGUGAUUAUACUCACAUCAUACUUUCUUAUCCUCAUCACUAUCCUGAGAAUGCACUCUGCAGAUGGAAGGCAAAAAGCCUUUUCCACCUGUGCCUCCCACCUCACAGCUAUUGCUGUUUUCCACAGGACAAUCUUGUUCAUUUAUUGUCAGCCUAGCCUAGGAAACAGUCGGGAAGCUGAUAAAGUAGCCACAGUGUUCUACACAGUAGUGAUUCCUAUGCUGAACCCCUUGAUCUACAGCCUCAGGAACAAGGAUGUGAAAGAGGCUUUCAAAAGAGUAGUGGGAUCCAAGUUACUUUCUGAGAAGCUGAGCAACUGA